AUGGCGUCCUCCUUGACUCAUUCCGCGUUCCGCCUCGGCGCGUUCCACGCGGGUUUCCGCACGCGAUGCGCCUCGAAGACCCCGCGCGCGUUCGCACGCACGUCGCUCGUCGUGAGGAACGAAGGCACCGGCAGAUUUAUCGUCGGCGGCAACUGGAAGUGCAAUGGCACCAUCGCGAGCGUGGCGGAGCUGUGCGAGGGGCUGAACGCGGGUGAGAUCGCGGACAACGUGGACAUCGUCGUGGCACCGCCGUUCCUGUACAUCGACCAGGCCGUCGAGGCGCUGGACGCCAAGAGGUUCAAGGUGGCGGCGCAGAACGCCUGGGUGGAGUAUACCCUGCAGGACCCCACCCAUCACUACGACUCGGACACGGGCGCAUUCACCGGCGAGGUGAGCGCCGAGAUGCUCGAGGAUCUGGACGUCCCGUGGGUCAUCUUGGGCCAUUCAGAGCGUAGGACCUUGCUGGGCGAGGAUAACGUCACCGUGGGCAAGAAGGUGGCGCACGCGAGGUAUCACGGCCUGAACGUCAUCGUGUGCGUAGGCGAAUCGCUGGAGGAGAGGGAGGCGGGCAAGACGCUGGAGGUGAUCUUCGCGCAGCUCCGCGCCGUGGCGGAGGAGAUCGACGACAGGGAGCACUCGUCGUGGGGUUCGCAGGUUGUCAUCGCGUACGAACCCAUCUGGGCGAUAGGCACGGGUAAGGUUGCGACGCCGGAGCAGGCGCAGGAGGUGCACGCCGCCAUCCGCCAGUGGCUGGUUGAUAACGUGUCCGAGGAGGUGUCCAAAGCCACGCGGAUCCAGUACGGAGGGUCGGUGAACGACGGCAACUGCGAGGACCUGGCCAAGUACAGCGACAUCGACGGUUUUCUCGUGGGAGGGGCGUCCCUGGACGCCGAAAAGUUUGUGCGCAUCUGCAACAGCAGCGUGGCGCACUACAAGGCGGUUGGGAGGCUGUGA